AUGCUCUUCCCCACCCUCCCUGCCCGUGGCUUCGCGCUGUUGCUCAAUAUGCAAUCUCUUCAGAAUUCCAACCACCGCGUCAGAACCGACACUCUUCUACUAGCUCGCCAUAAAACUCCCCGGACCAUGGAUCCCGAGAACCUCACGCAAUUUCGAGCACGCUGCCGUGAGAGCGCCAUCUACGGUGGCAGAACGCGCGUGGCUGGCAUGAACGCCUUUUACGCGAGCUAUCUCCCUCAAUGGGAGCGUAUUACCACCACCGAGUGGGCCACGCUUCAUCGAGCGCUCAUCCGGAACGGGACCAUCACCAAGAGUGGUACAUGGGCGCGACUCCCGCGACCCAACAAGAAGACUCGCACCCAGAAUGAAGACGACAAGUGUCGAG